GCCACUCCUUCGCAAAGGCCGGACGUGAGCGUACCAAGUCUUAGCGCUCUCAACGGUUGCUCAGACAGCCUCGCAAGUGCGCUGCACCUCGUCGCCUUCACGUAGAAGGCAUGUACCUUCUUCGUAAGACGACAUCUCUCUUUGGUCAGAAAUAUACCCGGGAAUGUGGGCAUGAACAGCAGAGCAGCGGAGCAAAUGGGGACAUACCUCUCCGUGCUCCGAGAGAAGUCUGAGGUCGGCGGGAGCAGCGGCGCAGACGCCACCCUCGCAGGUGAGAUAUUGGAAGAACCUUGCAACCACUCCGAAGAUGUGAGCAGUACAUUCUUGUGGGGUGGUGGAGAGCAGCUCGCAAUAUAACAUCGUUGUCUCUCUUCAAGAGUUACCGCAAGACUCCCACCCUAUUUUUUCAUCGCAAUCAACCUAAGCAACAAAGUCGAAUCGCCGAGUCACUUCAUCAAGAUGCGCUUCACUCUUCUCACCCUAGUAGUUGCCUUCUUCCUUUCUGCCUCCUUGGCUAUCGCAAAGCCCAUCGAUGGCGAAGUCGUGCGUCGGCAGUCAUCAGAUGACGCGCAAAUCAAUCAAUUCUGUAAACGAUUCAAUGCGGCCUGUGUCGCCGUUUGCACGAGCGACAAGCGCGCUGGUACCACGACCAAGGUCGUACUCUCCUGUGAAGCCUCUGGAGACUGGUUCAACUUCGGCUGCAAGUGUGGAAACAUCGACAAGACGAAUUCGGCAUUCAACAAGCUUGGCGGUUUGACUACAACCACCAAGACCAGUACCAAGAAGGUCACCACGACUUCUACAGCUAAGCCCACGGUCACCAAGACUAAAUUGGUCACCUCGACCGGCUCAGCCACUACAACACAGAUGUAUUCCACGACGUCCACUUCGCACACUACCAGCACGAUCAAGACCACGACCACAACCACGUUCCUUUCCGUAGUGCCAACGACCUGGGUCAGCACAGCAGUGUCAGUGAUCCCCUACACUACACAGACGACUACAGACCAGACCUCUGCUUCGGUCCAGGGCCUGCCCAUCGCGACAACGAUUCCUUACAACGUCAUCGAAGUCUCCCUCGCUGACCCUGCCGCCUCGCGCCGAGGCCUGGCCCCGCGAGCGGCAAACGCACUCUGCAGGAACUUCCUCGACUCCUGUGCUUCCGAGUGCAAGCGUGUCAGCUCGGUGCCCAAGACGCAAUUCUGCAAGCGAACUAGCACGACCUUGUACUCUUACCAACUCGGAUGUGUCUGCCAGAACGGCAUGACCGAAACCAGGCACGCUCUAGCAGACAUUGAGGAGAGCGUCGACAUCGCCUCGACCAUUCAGACCUUGACCUCCACUGCUACGAUCACGAGGCCUACAACCACCAUUCAGACCAUUACCGGGUAUAAGACUCUGACGUUCCUCGAGGAACUCACAAGCAGCUUUACCAUCACUAUCACUACCUCUACCAGCACCACUAGCACCUCGGUCACCUCUACCACCUAUUCUCCUGGUACCACAACGUCCACCACCACUUAUAACCCAAUCGCAACGAAGAUCAACACCUCGACUACCUUGCAGGUACUGUCUCCCACAGGUGCUCUGAGAGUUCGCCGCUCCUACGACGAUGUCGCCGUUGGCUACGUCAAGACUUCGGACGCCUCUGGCAACCCCGUACAGGUAGACACAUCCACCGGAGCCAAAGCUGACGCAGACUCGUAUGUGCUGAUCAAGGACUCCAGCUCCUCCGGCCUUUACCGUCUGUCUCGUACGGACUUGGACGACGGCCGCGACUACUCGAUGGUCUGUGAGCUGUCCUCCAACACUGCCUCUACCACCUUCUCCACCACUUCCUCCAACUACUGCACCCUCGAGAGUCUGAUCUCUCAACAGACUUCGGCCGGAGCCGCCUCUAUGACUCCUGCAGGCAACUUCUUCCAGAACUCAAUCGAGACGUUCAAUUGGUUCCCUCAGAUUGGAACGAUCUCUGGCAUGUCCGGCUCACAGCUCAAGGUGUACCCUCAGUGGAUCAAUCCGAGCUCACCCACGAAGCCAGCUACCUAUCUGGUCGCUGGCGGUAAGAACCUCUUCCUCACCGGAGACCGAGCCGAUCUUGCCAAGGACAUCGGCACAAACUCGCCGAAUGCCAUCAAUGUCGCGCCGCUGUACUUUGCCUUUGAGUCCUAAAGGUAGAUGACAUGGCAAUCGAUGCCAUCAUCCACACCAUCUCCCUUCCUUACCUCCCUCCACAUUCGUUCUUUCUUUCCACUGUCUCGUCGUCACCGUUCUUUGUUUCGCCUUCACACUCGAGCCGCUAUGUGCGGCUCCUUCUAUACCACUUGCAAGGGGAAAGCCUUGCUCUUCCACCGGUCUCCUCUUUUUGGCCUCACUUUGCAAUGUCUUUGACUUCCAUCACAUUUUUCGCCACGCCCACUCUGGCAUUGUCUUCUCCCUGUCACUGUCACUUUCUCGUAUUGAAAUCGAAUGCUUCCCUUUCACUA